AUGACCUACGGUGAUCACCACCUUACCUUCCGCACUUCCAUCUCAAUCGCCCAAAUCCCUGUGUUCUCCCUCUCCCUUCUCAUCGCCUACUACUUCCGCCGCACCCAUCGUAUGGGCUGGUUCUGCAUCGGCAUCUUCAGUAUCAUCCGAUUGGUUUCUGCAUCUUGUCUUCUCGCCUUGAUCAAUGAAGAUCAACAUUCAUUGAAAGCCACGGUGUUCGUAUGUGAGAAUUUGGGAAUCAUGUUAUUCGUCUUCAUCUUUGUCGAGGUGUUGGAAUGGGUAAACGAACAAACCCCCACCCCCAGUCUCCCAAAGUACGCCUUUCUGAUCCCUCAAUUCCUCACCUAUAUCGAUAUCCUCGUAGCGAUACUCGGCUAUAUCCUCCCCCGACCUCACGAAAAGCAAAACCCUUACGCACCAACCCCUUACUCCCGCACCUCCCGCGCCAUCCUCGUAAUAACAUACAUCUACACACUCACCCUCCUCUUCAUCCUCUGA